UUGGCGCUGCGAAACGAAACUGCUCUCGACCGCUCCCGGCGGAGCGCACUUUGUGUUGUGUAGACAAGAGGUAGAAGACUGCGGUGUCACCGAUUGUUCUGCUGCUCAUUUUACAGAAGAAUCGCUGCAGGAGCUGUAACCGCCGUCGGCACACGGCAUUAAAGUCAUGGCAGAAUUAAAGCCGUGCAAAGUGUGUGAUUACAGCCGCAGGAAAUUACACGGACUCGUCGCUCCCUCGUUGAGGGAACUGAAGAGCAACGGAUGCACGGCCCUGGGAUUGGACCCGCACUCCCCCGUUUCCGUGGUCCUGGAGGACGAUGGCACCAUUGUGGAAGACGAGACCUACUUCCUGUGCUUACCCCCCAACACCAAGUUCAUGCUUCUGUGUGAGAAGGAGAUGUGGGCACCCAGGAAGGGAGUGGACGGGGGCACCGCCUGGCUGAGCCGCGACUCAUUCGAGGUUAAUUCCGACACCGUGGACGCCCCGUUCUCUGAGGCAGAAGCUUGGCACGGCGCCGCCAGCAGGCUGAGGGUGGACCUGGCCAGUGUCCUCCUCAUGUCCGAGGCUGAGCUCCAGGGCCUGGUGGACGCCCCGUGCUCGGACCUGGCAGCGGCCCUGGGCUUCCGGAACAGCCAGGCACGCGCUCUGCAGGACGCACUCCAGAGGGCGCUGGACCGCAGGGAGGAGGAGCGCCAAUCCAGGGAGCUGCUCCAGCUCUACCUGAAGGCCGUGGAGAAAGAGGGCGGCCGGGUGCCCAUCGCUGGGGGUGAGAGCGCGGCGGACGAGGCAGACGGUCCACCGAAGGGAACGUCCUCCACUUUCAGCCCCAGGACACUCAUGGUCCUCAAGGGCAAAACGAGACCUGAGACGCGGCUGUCCAAUGAGCAGCUGCAGACCGUGGUGAAUGUGGGUGCAGUCGCCAUGGCAACAACCCUGGGCUGGGAUCAAGAGAAGAGCGCCGCCCUGGUGGCAGCCUGCGAGGCGGAACUGUGCAUUCGACUGCAGCGGGUGCGGGCUCUGCGGUCAUUGAGCGCCCGCAGCCAGGAGGCAGCGGUGGUGGAGGCGGCAGAUGGGGUAGAAGCCAAGCGCAAGAAGUAGAACGAGAACUCUGUAACUCCGUACUUCGGCAAGAUGAGCAGGCGAAUCGAUACGAAAGACGGUCGUCCAGCAGCUCGCAGCACAGCGCGGGAUGUUUGUGUCAUGGAAAGUUUAUAUGCAAUUAAG